GUGUGAGAGAGAUCUUCUUAGUGAGAGAGUUUGUGAGAUCUGAACGCCUGAGUGUUGGAGAUCGGAGAGCUUGAACGCGAGAUCGGAAACCUUUCCAGCCAAACUUCAACUUUCAUGUUCCAAGGCUUUGCUCCGUGGCGAAAAAUGGAUAUGGAAGCCAAGACAGUUCAUAAACGAUGGCGGUCUACCCUGGAACAAGUUAGAAUCUUGCUGAACAUCUACAACCACGGGAUCAUCAAUCCUAGUCGAGAUCAAGUUCGCGAGAUUACAGGACGACUCCAGGAGUACGGGGAAGUCGGAGAAUACAGCGUCUAUUGUUGGUUUCAAAACCAUGGAAAUCGGGUGAAGAAUCGAGGCUGGCACCAAAGCAUCCCUGAUACACCUGGAUCUUCAUUUACCCUCCUUCCUCCGUAUAUAUAUGAUCCUUCAUGGGUACUUCCACAGACUCCGAAGCUCUUAGAUCUCUUUCCCAUUCCCGUUAUACGCAAAGAAGAAGAGAGAGUUACUCAACCCAUGCCGUUUCGCACCCAAGCUCCUUCCACAGAGCUUUCCUUGAGGUUGUCGCUCGCCGAUCAGUAGUCUCCUUAGGGGGACUAUUUUUAUUUAUUUACUGUAUUUUAUGGACUGUACUCUUAAUGGUCACUUGUGGCCAACUCGCGAACAUUUUAUUUUAAUUAUGCAAUGUGUGACCUUUAUCUGCUUUGCUCUUUAUGUAUGUUUGUUUAACGUGUGUGGUACCAUUUUCACACGAAUAUUAAGGUAUCUGGUUAUAACUAUGAGAUUUGGAAAAAUAUGUAGUCCCCAUGAUCUUAUAGACCUGAGUUAAUGAAAUAUAUGC